UAUGAAAGUUCGACCUGAAUUUGGUAAUCUUCAAGUUCCAAAUAACUACCUACAAAGCUUACAACAGCAGCAAUUACGUCCAACUUUAUGUAUGCCAUCUACUGGAUACUGCUGCACAACUUGUUGCUAUUCAAAUCAACAACCGAUUGUUCUUCUUCAACCUAUUCUUCCAUGUUGGACUAAAUCCGAUGCUGAUAAAAAGAAAGCUGCUGAAAAUAACAAAGGAGAAAAGGAUAAAGUUCCUAUUAUUGUCUCUGACAAGGUUAAACUCGGGAGCAAAGAGGCUCCUCUCGAUAUUCAGGACGCACUUAAUCAGACAAAAGAGGUAAAAGUUGGCGGUAAAUGUUCAAUUUCCGGUAAAACUAUAGAACCAUUUAUUUCGAAAAAGAAUUCAACUGUUUUAUAUAAAUUUAAAAAAGAGAAUAAAAAUGAUUGCGUUGAAUCAGAAUGCUGUAAACGUUGUUGUUGUUGUCAAAAACGUCAAAAGAAAUCAAUAACUGUAAAUAAUGUCGAAAACGGUGACGAAUCGUACAACAUCACCGAAGAAAACGAUGAAGACGAAGAGGACGUUAGAGACAAGACUAAUGGUCGGGAUAAUUCACACGUCGAGCGUCGAGGAGGAGAAAAUGAAAUAGACGAAGAGGAAGGUGAGGAAGAAGAAGAAGAGGAUGAGGAGGGAGAGGAGGAAGAAGUCGAGGAAGAAGAAGUAGAGGAAGAAGAAGAAGAAGAAGCAGAAGACGACAUUAUGGACAGUUAUCAAGAGUUUAGUGAAAAGCAAUCGAAGAAAACGUCGAAAUCGGCUAAAGAAUAUUUAGAUGAUUUUGGCGCGAUAAUUUCAAACGAUCAAUCGCUGUCGAAAAAACCGUUAAAAAUACCAAAAAAGUAUGCUCCUAUUCCUCCAGUUAGACAAUCACUUAAGAAAAUGACACCCUCUUUCUCCAACUCUCAAAAAGAAUCUACAGAUAAUAAUAAAGUACAAGAAAUUAAGAAAUCUUUCAAAGCAUCAAAAUUCCCAUCUCAAAGUCGCAAAAUGUCGAAUAGUCAAAAUAAAAUGACCAAUACCGAACCGGAAGUUGAUAAUAGUCCCAAAGAAAAAUCAAAUAAAAAUCGAUCUAAAUCGAAAAAGACGGAAAUAAGGAAACUAUCACGUGAUAUAAUUAAUUAUUUACCUAAUUUUCAAAUAUAA